AUGGCGUGCGAACGAUGGCUUCAGGCCAGAUUGGAUAGUUUGCGUACUAAAAAUCUUUUUGGCCAGCGAAGAGAAUGUGAUCAUUUACCACAGAAGUUGGAAAAAACUUUUGUAGAUUUUGACAUAAAUGAAAAAAAUGUUCGUGGUGAAACUCUUAUCAUGUCGGUGAUAAGAUAUGAAGCAGACAAGGCUAAUCAGAUGCGUUAUAUCAAUUUAUUGAUUCGUUCGGGAUGUGAUCCAUCUGAACCGGAUAAAAAGCAAUUGCGUACACCACUCAUGUUAGCUUGCAUUGUGAAGAAUGACACUGUUGCUCAUCAUUUGAUUAUGCAGAAUGUUAAUCUUUUGUCUGCUGAUAAAAUGGGGAACACAGUGCUAAUGUAUGCGGCUAUUUAUUCUCACACAUCACUGAUGAAUUUGUUGAUAGAAAAAUUAUCAGGAAAAUGGUGUAUUGAAGCAUUUCGAGCCAAGAAUUUAAUGGGUUAUACUGCAGAAAGUUUGGCCAGGAAAAAUGAGCGAUACUUGAUGCUAAGGAAGGCACGUUUACGUUUAGUGAAACGACUUCGUGAUCACGUUGCUGCAUAUUUAACACUUCAUUCAGCUAAGCAAAAAUUUUUGAUGCACAAGCAAAGAUUUGCUACAACGUCACAAAACAAAAGUUCAUUGCCGAUAAAAAACGUCAAAUCAUUGUUACCAUUAUUAAAUAACAUGCAAAGAAAAGAUGUAUCAAAAAAUCCAUCGCCCAAAACCAGCUUUGCUUCAAAUGACCCAACAGAAGCAAGCAUCAAUUUACCACCUUUAUUACCAUCUCCAGCAAAUAUAUUAUCAACAUCAAUCUCAGGUACCACAUGCUUUUGA